AUGGCGGACGCACGAACACUGCUACGGCAGCAAAGAGCUGCACGCGAAGAGACGAGGAGGGCCCAAAAGCAGUCGGCGGCUCCAGCAGCAGCGCCUGCUUCUAAGAAAAGGAAGGCAACCAACGAUGGCACAAAGGACAAGAAGAGAACGCGUACAGAAGUGGCAGCCGGCGUACCAGCAGGAUUCUUCGAUGCUGGCGCGGAGCAAGAAGAACCUCAAGUGCAAGACGAGGUCGAGGCAGCACCAGAACCACCGCCAGCAGGACCACAAAAGCCCGGCCCUACGCCACUCGAUUCUACUGCUGAGGCUGAGCUCGAUGCCUUCCUGACCGAAAUGAACAAGGAGCCUAAGCCUCAACUGAAACACAACUACGCCUCGGGCGCAGUGAUAGAAUCCGCGCCAAUGACUGCUGCUGAACUUGCUGCACAAGCCAGGGAAGAGCAGAGCGCACAACGCGCGCGAAGGGACGAGGACAUGGAAGCUGAAAAGGAGGAGGCAGCCAGGGCGCUUGAGGACGAGUUUGAGGAGAUGGAAGGGUUAGAUGAGCGGGUCAAGAAGCUGCGAGAACAGCGGGAGGCACUGCGAACUCAGUCUGCUCAGCUGCCAGCACAGACAGAACCAGUACCGGUACUACCACAAGCAAACGACGAGGAGAGCGAGUCUGAAGACGAAGACUGGGACGACUGGCGGUUCCGUCCCGCGUGA